UGUCGGUAAAUUGACGAACUGUCGCCGCCAUGACUGCUGUAAUGCUGCGAGCUGGAGUACAGAAGGAAACAGAGUACACGGAGGUAACAGCGCUGACUGAUUAUUUAAGCUGCCGAUUAUCCAGCUGUACUGCCUGAUGGCGAAGCUGGGAGAGUGCGGACGUCACUGAGGUCGCGUUAAAGUUCCGCUGAGUCGCUCAGCUAAGUGAGAACUUGUCAGUUUGGUGUUGGCGGGUCCUACAGUGAUGGUGUGAUGGGACUGUUUGCCUGACGGAGCGUAGCUGUUGCAGUACAGUUUAAAACGCCAAACAUGCUUCGACCUGCGCGGAACAGAUUGUCUCCGUGGAUAGAGCGUCUCAUCUCGAGCUACGGCAGCCAGGAUGAGGAGGAGGUGGGCAGCGGGUUGAAGGCUCAUGUCAUCGGGGUAGGUCAGAUAUCCCAGUCACAGGCAGGAAACUCUGAGGGCCCCACAGGGCUGCUGUUCUUGUCUGAUGGGGUGCUUCAGAUUCCAGCCAUCCUCACAGCAUCAGCCUGGGAGCAUCUGCAGGAUCAUGAGGACCGUGAGUGUUUCACCAGCCUGCUCAACAGCACGGUUUGCAUCCAUGACUACCGGCUGCAGUUCCACAUGUCCUUGGAACAGACUAAAUGCAGGUUCUUCUUAUCAGUUGGAGAGCUAGCUACAACCGCAGCAGGUCCAGUUAAAGACAGCACCCCCUGCUGCACCACCCUGCCGUCUGUCAGGAUGAAGAUCUAUCAGACGUGGAGAGCUCUGCUGGGUCAGGAGGACUCUCAGAAGAGCCAGUGUGGGUUUGAUCUGUCUGAGCUGUUGGGGGAGUGGCGGCACGACUGUCUGCAGGCUGUGCUGGAGGAUAUCAGGGAGAAGCUGACCAUAGCGAGUGGACGCCCCACGAGCCCGCAGCCCUCCACUUCCACCUCCACCUGUCGCUCCACGCUGACCUACCCUGCCACAAGCUGGGAUGUGGACAGGAUCAGAUAUAAGGGAGAAAAACGUUUCACUGUCCCCAUAAAAUAUCUUCUCAUCCCAGAAGAAGAUGCUCAGCAGGUCCAGACUCUAAAAAAUGCUGCAAGCGGCACAGAGAGAAGGGAAAAGGAGAAUUUACCAGAAGUCUGCAAACCUCCAGAGAUCACACAGCCCUCUGUUGAUGAUGCACACUGGCAGAUAGCUCAGCCAGCAGCUGUAGAGGGAGUCUGCAUGGCCAGUGAUGACUCACCUCUUCCAAUGGAGGACAGCAUGUUACAGGAGGACAUGAUUGCAGGCCGGACUGACAGGCCUUUAUCCAACCCGUGGGACAUAUUUUCUCCUCCAUGUGUCUCCUCCACUUCCUCUGAUGCGUCUCCAGAAGCUACAUCAAGUGCAUCUCCGCACCCCGCCUCUGCUGCCGAAUCCAGGCCUGAUCCUGCCACCAGCACGCAGCUUCCUGACCACUUGGUGGAGUCCAGCUACUUCCCACCCUACCAGAAACAGCCGACCACCCUCCCUGCUACUGCCACUUCCUCUUCUUCAGCUUCAGCUCCUGCAAUUCCACCAGAAAUGGACAAACAUUGUACCCUGACAGCACCGCAAAGCCUCCGGGCUCUGAACCAAGAAAGCGAGGAGAUGGUUGUGAGAAGACACAGAAAGGCAAAGAGGAAACUAAGUGAGCCGACAACAGAAGGCCUUAGCAACUUGGUGGAGGACAGGGAGGGGGAGCUGAGCAGCAGCCCUCCAUCGUGGCUCUUUGACACUCAGGCAGGAGGCCCCAGAGCCGAAGAUGGCAGCAGUCCUAAACGGGCUACAGGGAAUGUCCCGAGAAAAAUUCUAAAGGUUCACAGAGACGGCAGCCCCUUCUCUUACUCAUAUCGUGUGUGUGGACAGAAUCUACAGGACUUCAGUCGCUUCAGAGCGGCUGAAUCUUUGCUGCACUGGGCUGUGAAGUACCUCGUGACUCCGAGGCAGGCGGAUAAUCCUGCAGACGUAGCGUGAGCGGCCCAGGUCACCUCUUUAGGUUUUGUUCUGGUAUUGUUUCAGUUUGGUGGCAAUGACCUCAGACCUCUCUGAUGAGCGUUUCUGUUAGAGAUGCUUCAGUUUAUUGGCUGAAUAUCCGUAUCAGCUGAUAGAUGAUGUCAUUUACAGCUGAUGCUUAUCUGCUGUGUGCUAUCUCAGGAAAAAUGAGUGAAAUAAAUAACAAACUAAAUAAACCCAGAGAAACCCUGGUGUUCCUCAGUCACUGCUUCCUAGUUUGAUAUUAAACUCAGGGCCUUUUGGGGGGGGGCAUUCUAAAUGUUUCUUCCUGUUUGUUUGGAGUUUUGUCUUUAAUUCAGAAAAAAUUGAAAAAUUUGCAUUUAACAAAAUCAGUUGAGCUACAGGAGAGGUGAGACCGUUUAAUCUCAGCCAUAAUCAGCUGUUGAGCUGAGUCUUGUGGGCUGGACCUGCUCUGCAUGACUAGCUGUCACCUUAAGGGAGACGUUACUGAGCAAGUAAAGCUGUAAAACAAACCACUACAAGCUCUCAUUCCUCCCAACAUCUGUUGCAUUAUUGAAUAAAGACUCAGCACUGUUUAAAAAGCCCGGAGCCUAACCGAUGUGCAUUUGAGUGUUGUUAGAGAUGAACUUUUAGUAUUACUUUGUAUCUUCUCUCUGUUUUUAUUAUGAGAAUUGUAACACUGUUUAUCCAAGACAAAUUUCCCAUGCAGGACAAUAAAGUUUUAGUUCUAUUCUAAUAACCAUGUUAAAUAAUCAACAUUACUGGAAUAAACACCAUUAUGGAGCAGCUGUACAGCCUGGAUGUAGCACGCAGAUACACACCUGAGCAGGAGCGCUGUGCUUUACCUGGUGCAUGAUUUUGUUUCCCUUUUGGAGUCCCUGUUUGUUUUUGUAUGGUGCAGUGUGUGUGUGUGUGUGUGUGUGCGGUUUUGCUCUGUUCUAUGAUUUUUCUGUCAGACACAAAAUCGACUCCACAGUUUGAUUCAGCCGUUAAUGGACAGCUUCAGUGUUUAAGAGAAGUCUGCGGCAGCUGGAUUAUUGAUGAGUUAUUGAUGAUGUCACACAGCAGUACACCGAAGAUCUUUGUGUUUUAAAGUCAUCUGCUUUUUUCCCACAAUUUUCUGUUUUGUAGUCAAAACAAUGAAUGAAUGAAGGCAGAUUAAUAACAUCUGGAGUUUGGCUGUGUAACAAAGUCAUGUUAAUGUUUCAGAGCAUCUCUGCAGCUUUCUGUGCUUUUCAUUGUUGAAUGUGGAAAUCAUCAGAGUCCAGCUUAAAUAAAAACAAUAAACACUCAUGAAGCUCAGCUGCUUCAUGGUCUGCAGUAGAACCCAAACACAGCUCAGCUGAAGUGGUGAUAAAGCUGCAUUAGUGGAUAUUUGUUUUUACUUGGGGACCAAUCAGAGGUUAAACUGAUCUUUGGCUUCUGUCUAACCAAUCAAAUGGAGACUGGCGCUGUGCUGUGAUGUCACGCAGGUCUCCACACUGAGAGCGAAUCAGGUGGCAGAACAGCAGGACCAUCAUUAUUAUAUAAAUCUUCUGGUAUGUCACUGUGACAUCAUGACAUCAGCCUCAUGAUUCACUGAGCUGUGCUGCUUUGUGCUCUACAUUUAGUAACCAUUUUAUUCUAUUUUAUAGACAUUUUAUUAUAUUCAGCUUUGCAUAGCAUUUGAUUGUAAAAGCUUCAUCGGAUUUUUAUUUAAGAAGAAAAUCAUAUAUUGCUCUGUGAUUCUCGGAUGUGCAGAUUUGAUGCUUUUCUUUUGGUGGUAAACUGAAAAAUCAUUGGAUUUCUUUAUAGACCAAGUCAUACAGGUGCCAUUUAUUAUUAUUAUUAUUGAAUUUUGUGUCAUUCACUGGAAUCAAAAGGUUCCAU